AUGGCCGAGCCCGCAGGGUUGGACGACCUAGCACGGGUGCGGCAGGAGCGUGCCGCGGCUUGGAGGGAGCGCGCGGCGAAUGCAGAGCCUGAUGCGCAGGAACCUCCAAGUCAGCCAGAGGCGACAGAGCCCCCGCUGGAGCCGCAGCCCGCCACAGUGGCAGAUGAAUCGAAGGCAGAACCAGUGGGGCAGGCAAGCCAGGCAGAUGGCAUGGCGCCCUGCUGCCGAAUCUGCUUCGAGACAGCGGAAACAGCCGAGACCGGGCGUCUCUUCAGCCCGUGCAAGUGCACGGGUAGUAUGCGUUUCGUGCAUGUCUCAUGUCUGAACAGCUGGCGUGCAGCCUCCUGCAACGCCCGAUCCUAUUAUCGAUGUGAUGCGUGCCACUACGAGUACCGCCUGCAACGUCUUUGGCUGGCGGACGUGCUUCUAGCUCCGAGCAUGCAGCUGUCUCUUACCAUUUGUGUCUUCCUUGUCGGGGCCUUGGUGGGAGGCCUGCUUUGCCACCUGCUGGCACCCUGGCUGGUCGAUUGGGCCCUGGAUCACCUUCGGCUUUCGGCGUCUGUGCGGUUCUUUUUUUCAGAGGAGAAGGCACAGGGCAACCCGGCUUGCUGGCAGGGCGGCUACACUUACAGGCUCUGCUGUGGCAGAGGCCACCCCGGCAACCCGCAGUGCUGGGAUGACUUUCACAACUUCGAAAGCUGCUGCGAGAGCCCUUCUCAGAUGAUUCAAUGGUUGCAUGCGCUCUUAGUGCGGCCUCUGCGAGUUCUGCUGUGCGGAGGAAUGGGCCUGGCUGUGGUGGGCUUUGCCCUGUACCUCCGCAGGCAGUGGAGCGAAGCCUGGGGCCACGAAGGAGGUGCAUGGCAACUGGGCAUGCUGGUGGCCUACCUGUCGUCCUUCGGCUCAGCUUUGGGCCGCUUGGUCGCGGUGGUGGGCUCGGCCGUCGCCCUGAAAGAGCUCUUUCUGGUGCUGAGUGUGCACUGUAAGCAGCUGGCCAGUAGUGCCGGGGAGCGAAUUUUGGAGGUCGGCUAUCCAUUCGCCACCCUCAUGGGUGCGGGAGCUGGGCAGCCGAAGAAGAAGGCCUCCGACAGCUUCUUCACGGACAAGUUCCCACUUCUGCAAAAGAUGAAGCGACCGGUGUUGGUGGCCUUUUUCCUGUACUGCUUCCACAGGGGCUGGGUGGGGCGGUGGGGUCUGCUCAGUGGGAUGAUGGCCUCAUCCUACUUCGACAUGCUGGCAGUGCCUCUUCGAGUACUCGAUAAGAGUCCUUUUCGUGGGCGUGCAUACAUCGUCACUCAGAUCUACGUAGACUACUUGUUCAAGCUCACCGGCUACCUCAUCAAUGUGGCAAAGGGGAAGGCGAAGUUCCCACCGGAUUUUUCGCAAAUGUUCGUGUGUGACGUAUGUGCACGCAUACGUGCAAUUCUGACAUCGGUCCAGAACCAGGGAUUCUUUGGGCCCCGCUUCCGGUUUCGGUUUGCUCUCAAGCACGUGCAGCCCUUGCUCAAAGCGCAGCUGGAUGUUGAGGAUGCUUUUAACCAAGCAAAAGCUGCGAAGAAUGUCAGGCGAGCAGACAGCAAUGGUCCAUGA